AUGGAAGAAAAAUCAUCAUCGCCAGAACCACAAUCUAGGCCUCGAAGCGAUUCCAACCACGCCGUGCCUUCGUCAAGUCCAGAAACCGCGUUAAUAGUCAACAACAUCUUCGAGCAGCUCGAACACAUAGCUAGCGUCAUCGCAAAUCAGAACCAACAGCCGUCGCCGCCGCAGCCUCGGUCAGCACCAGAAGGGCCAAACGACGAUGACAUGCUCUUGCCGAUGGUAUCAACACCGACGACGCCUCGUGGUGAUGAGUCCGAUGACUAUCACGACACCCAACGUAACCGACAAGUUGUCCGACCCCAACCAGACUCCUCAGAACCAUACAUAUUUCGCGCGCUCGAGUACGCCUGCAACGCUUUCAACUGGGCAGUAGACAACUGGCUUUGUCCCAAGCCGCGGCCCAAUGAGAACUUGGAAGGCGGCCCGCGUAUUGCCAUCAUUGGGGCUAGGAUCACGGGUCUGAUGGCUGCGGCGCACCUGACAGGACAUGGCUGCAGCGUUGUCAUCUUUGAAAAGGGCUCCCAGGAGAAGCUUGCGCUGAGCCUGGGUAUCACCGUAUCACUGACGCUGAAUCAUCCGCCACUCCGCCGGCAGAGGUUCGCCAAUCGUUCAGAGCUCAACAAAACUUCAUUGACGCAUCGCUUCCACCCGGACCCCGAGAGCUGGCGUAACAAGCCCUUCCCCGACCGGCUGCAAAUCGUCAGUUGGGCCAAGGAACUAUGGAAGGAUCAUGGCUUGGAGUCGAGCACGCGGUUCAACACCAGGGUCGCGCGCAUCUUCCGUCCCCCGUUCGAUAAAUAUCAGUCGGUCACCCAAGGACUGUCGCCCCUCGGAAGCGGGUGGCACGUCAAAAAAUUGGGCCAUGGGCUCUUCGACGCUGUCGUAGUCGCCACUGGCGUUUGCGGCAAGCCCUCUACACCAGACCUGUUGGGCAAGGAGAUAUACGAGGGCAUGGUUUGCAACUUUGAAAAUGUUACACCCAAUGACGUGAAGGGAAAGCGUGUCGUCAUUGUCGGAGACGGCUCCCUAGUCAUCGACGCUUUCGAGUGGGCCAUUAAUGAGAUGCCCAAAACAGUGACAGUCGUGACCGGUGACCAGGACAUCAUCAUCCCUCCAAGUAUGAUGGCCAAGAUGUUCGGAUGGUUAGAUCAAAAAGCACGCAUGAUACUAGAUCGUGGAGGUCGUAUCAGCCGACCUUUUAUCAAUCUACUUUUCAGACGCGGACCUACGCUCGCCCUGCCCGACACAAUGCUCCAAAGGCCGGGAUACUGGUAUCAUAGGGACCUGAGGGCAAUAACUCGUGGCCUAAACUAUGCACGCUGCUUUUGGCUGCAGGCACGGAGUGUGCGGUUUUCCGCCUCUGGGUUGCUGGUCGACGAGUCUGGACCCUGCUUAGACGGGGGUCCGGCCGGAUCGCACACGGUGGCGGUGCCGGCGGACGUUGUUAUCAUGGCAUCCGGAUACGAUAGACCAAAGACAUACUUCUUGCCGGCUGAGUAUCGUGAGUGGCCCUACGAGAUGGGCUAUUGGUUCGGACAGGUUUUUGCCCCCUGGGAUAUGUCUGUCUGCGCCCUAAACUGCACUUACCGUCACGGACUGGGCUCGUGGGGCGCCUGGCACACCGGAUUCCUUAUGCGCAUCUUGCUCAUGUUUAUCAGUCUGCCGGAUGCGAGGCCUUCCGAGUCGAAGUUGGCUUGUUUGCAGCUUCGCAGUCGGAUCUUGCGCUCGUGGCUUCCUGCAGGGUUUACCGACUAUGUCGGCUACCUUGAGAUACUUUCUUGGUUCGUGGGAGUCAUACUGAUCCAACCCUGGCGUUGGGGCUGGAUCUUGUUUAUUCUAUUCGGCAUCGAAUCCUCCCUAAUCAACCUCAACGUACCGAGACAGGCUGUUUCCAGCCUGUUAGUAGACCGCUGAGGAAGUUGGGCUUGCCUAGUUGUUAGUUGGCAACGGCCCAUCUACGUCUGCUUAUUUUGGAGGGACGCAAGUUAUGACUUUGCGCAUGUUGAAGCGAGAAAAUCCAGGUCCAUGAAAUCUAAGCCUUGGGAAGUUCUUAUUUAUUUUUGAAGGCACGACACUUCUUUCGUUAGUGUGCCUUGGGCUGAAGCGCUGCGACUAAAACAGGAUGGAAGAGAGGUUAAGUGCAGCUUGACUCUCUAGCACGAAAGUAUCAGUUAGGCUGUAUACGACAGUGCCUGUAUGGUCAUACGAGGAAGGUUUAUUGUGAAUAGGACAAGGCUCAGAAUCAGGCUUUGAAAAAGCAGCUGCCAGGUCAUAUUAGGUCCAACAACAAGGGUAUAUGGAUUAUAGCAGGUUACAGAAGAAAAUACAAGAUCAUCGCCCCUUGCCUCUGCUCGUACGGCCAAGCUCUUGCAUCUUGGCGCGCUUUUGAUACCUCUCUUCGGCACCAGCAACACCACUCCCCCUUGGCCCAUCGGUAGUCUCGCCCAGCGACCGCUUGCGGCUCUUCUCGAGCAAUGCCCUGGUCCUGGAACCACCCCCAUUGUCCUUGGUCUUGACGAGCCUGUUGAUACGGUCGACACCCUCUCCAAGACCCCUCCACUCCUCUCCACCAAAGUUCAUACGCCCAGCUCCUUGACUGGCGGCCUUGGCACGGUCCUUUUUGCUCUCCUUUGGCAAGCGGACAAAAUGCGUCUCCUCGUAUGCCUGACGCUCGGCCUCGUCGCGUCGCUCUGCCGCCGUCUUUACGUGACGACCGCGACCGGCAAUGUUUGUACCGAUGCUGGGCUGAGCGACAGGUGCGGUGGACAGCUCGUCGUUGAUAAACUCAUCCAUGGUGGCAGAUUUGAGCGGCCUCUGGCUGCGGUCGGUCCGCUCGCGGCGCUCUACCAGGGUCGGCAUCACGGUCGGGGCAAUCUUGGGCGGGCGGUAGAUGCCAUCCUUGUUGAUCUUCCCUCUACUGGUGUUCUCGUCCUCGCCGUUGAGUGCGGCGAUGGACUUGAGAUUCGGUCGGGCAUUGCUCAGGUCCGCCGACGUGGACACGCCUCCCUCCUCGAGAUCCUCGUCGUCGUCGCUGGACUCGCCAUCAUCCCCGGACCCAGACUCGGAAUCGGAAUCUGCGCUCGACACUGCCUUCUUUUUCGACAUUCCAGCCUCCUCCGCGGCCUUCUCCUGGCGCUCGGCGUCGUCAAUGGCGCGCAUCAGCUUCUCAAUCUGGUAGCGCAGCUUGUCCUCGAGAGGGCGGACUCCCUUUUCCAAGUAGAGCCGCAGCUCCACGAGCUUCUUGACGACGGCAUCGUUCAGCUCCUUUGCGCUCUCCAGGCCAUUGGACUUCUUUGCGCUCCGGGUCUUGAGCAGGAUUAGAAACACGAGGUUCUGGAGGUAAGACAGCAGGAGCUCAUUCUUGAGAUCCAGCAGAGAGAUGCCCAGAGCCGUGGGUUCAAUGCCGGCAAGCUUUGGGGUUACUUCAAAUGCGGUAUUGAGAGACUGCGUGAGGGAUCCCAAAAGGUCCGGCAGACUCUGUGGCGCAGUUUGUGCCAUUUUUGGUGUGUAAUUGUAGCUUGAGUUUUGAAGGUUUGGUACAAAAGAAAAGAAACCAAAC